AUGUCUCAGUCCAUCAGAGAAGAGAACAAUCCUGUUUAUGAUACAAACCAUCCAGAGGAGCCGACAAGCCUAGGAAAAAAUGAACAAGAUAAUCUACCCUCUGAUCAGAAUGUGCUGUACAUAGAAAGCACUACUGCAGAGCCAACAAGAAAGUCAACAUGCGGUCAGAACUCUCCCAGCAGUCAAGGACAAGACAGCUGCAGGUUGGAGGCUACAUAUGUAGCUGGCAAUGAAGUCGAACAUGCAACCACAAAUGAGCAUUAUUAUAUGUCAGAUAAUAACGAUAUCCCCACCCCAGGGGUUGCUGAUGUAUAUUCUGUAUCUGAUCCGAUCCAUGCUGAAAACUCUGCCAUGUACACAGCCUCAGGGGAAAAUGAUGAAGAUGGUAACUCUACUGGAAACAUUGAAAAAGAACAGCAAAACACUGAAAAUGCCAAGCAAGCAGACAGUACAGUGACCAUGAAUUUCAACUCCAACAGAAAGGCUAACAAAUCUCAGCCUGACACCACCCAGAAGUGA